UUCACUUCGCACCAACCACUACCAGCGCACCUGAUCUGCUGCGGCCUCACUCGCAUGCCCGCUCCUCUACUUCAAUCUCUCCUCUAACUAGCUUGUGAACUGAGCUCCAUCUCUCUCAGCAAGGAUCCCCUCGAUCGCAGCAGUUCCUCAGAUCUUCGGCCGUGCCUGCUGGCCUGCGGCUCCCUUGUCAGGACAGGUUAGAAGUAUGGAUGCGGAGGAUAUAUCAUUUGAAAUCUUGCGAGAAAUCACGGAUGGUUUCUCCGAGGAGCGGAAACUUGGUCAAGGAGCAUUUGGAGUUGUUUACAAGGGGGUGACUAGAAACGGAGAUGAAGUUGCUGUGAAGAAGCUUGUCAAUCCCGGUCUAAACUUUAAGCAGCUAAAAAAUGAGUUCUAUAACCUGACAAAGCUUAAUCAUCAGAACAUUGUACAGGUUCUGGGAUAUUGUUUUGAAACAGAGCAAGAACCAUUUAUCUUGCCCGAUGGAAGUAAGGUGUUUGUUGAGGAGAUACAUGUAGCGCUAUGCUUGGAGUAUAUGCACAAUGGCAGCCUUCAACGGCAUCUUUCUGAUGAGUUUUCUGGACUUGAAUGGCACACACGAUUCAAAAUAAUCAAGGGGACUUGUGAGGGUCUAAAGUAUAUUCAUGAGGAGCUGGAAGAACCUAUUUACCACUUGGACCUAAAACCUGACAAUAUAUUGCUAGAUAAGGACAUGGUGCCAAAGAUUGCAGAUUUUGGUUUGUCCAGGAUCUUUGGUAACGAACCAGCACGAACUGCACAUGGUUCUUACGGAACACAAGGAUAUCAGCCACCAGAAUACAUCGACAGAGGUGAAAUAUCAAGAAAAUUUGAUAUAUUUAGCUUAGGUGUCGUAAUGAUAAGGGUUGUGUCAGGACCCAAGAGCUACCCCAAAUGUCUAGAUGUGUCUACGGACAAGUUUAUUGAUCAAGUCCAAAAGAACUGGAGGAAGAGGUUGCAGGCGAGUUACAGUAGUGGUUCUUUGGUUGAAAAAUAUUGCCACCAAGUAAAGACAUGCAUUCAAAUAGCAUUGUUAUGUGUGGAUGAAGAUAGCCAAAAAAGGCCCAACAUAGGGAAGAUCACUGAGAAGCUGAAUGAGAUUGAAACUACCAUUGGCGAGUUUCCCCAGAAAGGAUGUCUCAAAAAAGUUUCUGGAAUAGCAAUGCAUAAUAACAAGAAUAUAGAUAUGAGAAAGGAAUCAGAGGAUAUCAAAGGUCAAUACCAGAAUAUUAAUUUGAUGACAGGCCCUAGUUGCAAUGAGUUGGAAUUUGUUGAUGCACGAGAAGCAUCGCCAGAUGUAGUAGAAGAACUCAUUGUUGGGAGAACAGAAGAGAGAGGGGAAAUAAUUGCUUCUUUACUUGAGGGUAUGUCAGAAAAGAUCACGAUUCUUCCUAUAUAUGGUAUUGGAGGCAUUGGCAAGACAACUUUUGCACGAUUGAUUUACAAUAAUACAAAUUUCAAAUGUUAUUCUCAUGUAUGGGUAGAUGUGUCCUGGAGAUUUGACUUGAACAAAAUUUGUGAGUCUGUGAUUUCACAACUAUCUAGAAAAGAAAGCCAGGCUAUUGAAAAACAGAUAAUACAUAGUUGCCUCACAAAACUACUUUCUGGCAAGAAGAUUUUAAUUGUUUUAGAUGACCUAUGGGAGGAAGAUCAAUUCCACUUGCAGGAGUUGAAGGAUAUGCUAUAUCAUGCUGAUAGCAACAUUAUUAUUUUAGUAACAACACGCAGUGAACGUGUUGCUGGGAGAAUCUGUACAAACAUUCAACCAUACAAGAUAUUACCCUUGACAAAUGAGAUGUGCUGGGAUAUAAUAAAACAAAGAAGUGCUUUUGAAUCUAGAGAUGAUAAAAAGGAGUUGACGAACAUUGGAAGGGAGAUUGCCCCGAAGUGUGGGGGUGUGGCUUUAGCAGCUCAAUCUCUAGGCUUCACGUUGCGGUCCAUGAAUUUUGAUCAAUGGAUUAAGGUGAGAGACAGUGAUACCUGGAAUGAACCUAUUUCAGAUGAUGCAUCAUUGCCAAAUCAUGUUCUUGCAUCUUUGAAGUUAAGUUAUAGCCAUAUGGAUUCAAGCUUGAAGCCAUGCUUUACCUAUUGUGCAAUCUUUCCAAAAGGCCACAAGAUAGUUAAAGAUGAUAUAAUUUAUCAAUGGAUUUCUUUGGAUUUCAUCAAGCCAACAAAAAUACUCUCAAAUAUGCAGCUUUGUGAGAAGUAUAUUAUGCAGCUGCUUGGACUGUCUUUCUUUCAAUAUUCAGUUUCACCCAAGUUGCAGUCUGACAAAGAGGACAACAGGGAUGUUACAGUGUUCACUAUGCACGAUCUGGUGCAUGACUUAGCAAGAUCGCUCGUGCUUUAUGAAAUUCUAGAUGCUAGCAAACAAUGCAAUACUGGGAGAAACAGAUUCCCAUUUGCGUCACUUAAUGAUUGCACCAAGUCGUGGAAGUCAUUCACACAAUGUCCUACCGCAAUAAGAGCGCUGCAUUUUCAUGGUACGAACCAAACUGUGCUCCACAGUGCGUCAUUUUCGACGGCUAAGUACCUCUGUGUCCUGGAUUUAAGUCAGUGCUCUAUAUGGAGCUUGCCAGAUUCUAUUGGUAAUUUAGAGCAAUUAAGAUAUCUUAAUGCUCCAAGGCUCAAUCAUUGGGCCAUUCCCAAUUGUAUCACAAAGCUGGAAAAACUAAUUUACAUCAGCCUUCGUGGGUCUGGUUACAUCAGAGCACUGCCAGAAUCAAUUGGAGAAUUGAAGGGUUUGAUGUAUCUUGAUUUGUCAGGUUGUUCCUCAUUACAAAAACUGCCAGUGUCAUUUGGCAUGCUAACAAAGCUGGUGCAUCUAGAUAUGUCAGAUUGUUGUCAUGUUACAGAUGUAUCAAAGUCCUUGGAGAGCCUCACCAACCUUGAAUAUCUGAAUUUAUCGCAUGGCUGGAGAUUGCCAUGGUGGAGAGGAAGUAUAGAAAACCGAGCAUUACCUGAAGCUUUGAGUGGACUCACCGAUCUGAAGUAUUUAAACUUAUCAGGUUCUUCAUACUUCAUCCAAGAUCGUGAUAUAAUACAAGCCUUAGGUAUCCUUGCCAAACUCCAAUGUUUGAAUUUGUCAGAAUGUUCGCUUUUGGUUACAGCUGACUCGCAUCUCACAUGGAUGUCCGAAGCCAUGAGAAAUCUCACUGAGCUCCGUUAUUUGAAUUUGUCAAGGUGCUCAGCCGGAGCUGAAGAACUUUUCAUUUUUCUUAAGUGUAUAAGUAACCUUCUAAACCUAGAGCAUCUAGAUUUGUCUAGUACAAAGCUUACGAGAGUUCCUGACUGUAUUUGUAGCCUAAAAAAGUUACGUACACUGGAUCUUUCGUACUGCCAUGAUCUGCAGAGUCUUCCAGCAGCUCUGCAUAAAAUGAAUAGUCUGAAGUUUCUACAUCUGGAGGAUUGCUCUAGGCUAGAAAUGUUGAAGGUGCCAGCACUCAAUAAAAAUUUAAUUACAUUACCACACUUUCUGGUCCAAGCUGAUUAUCACCAGUCGAGCAGCAACCUUGCUCUUCUUCAAGAUGUAAAUCGUACUGACCUGGUGAUAAGCAGACUUGAAAACGUGAAGUCUGUGCAAGAGGCGCAAAGUAUAAAACUAAUGGAAAAGGGAAGAAUGAGGAAAAUUAAAUUCAACUGGACGACAGAUUCUGAGAGGUUUGUCGAGGAUAUGGAAGUGCUGGGAGAGCUAGUCCCCCCAAUAACUUUAAAGAAGUUAUAUAUUGAUGGUUACAGUAGUGUAAGAUUCCCUGAGUGGUUUAUUGGUAUUGCUGAUCAUCUCCCUAAUCUUAGUCGGAUCUACUUGUCCAAUUUGCCCAAGUGCAACAGCCUGCCACCACUUGGCCAAUUACCUAAUCUGCAAGAGCUGGAAUUCAGUCGAAUGAGUGGCAUUUUGAAAAUUGAUGAAGACUUGUGCGGCACCAGAAGGUCAUCAUUUCCUGGACUGAAGGAUUUUUCCCUAUUUGGAAUGGAAAGCCUCGAAGUGUGGUACACAACGUACUCUUAUGGCGGGGAUGGUGUGAGUAAGUUUAUGUUCCCCAACCUCAGUGUAUUGAAAAUCCAUGAUUGCCCCAACUUGAGGCUGAAACCAUGUCCACAUAUAGCUGAGUGUCAAUGGGACAUACGGGGAGGAUGUGAUGGUGUAAUAUCCUCAUGGGAGGAGAGUGCAUCACAGACCACUGUUUCCUCCCCCUCUGCUCCGGUAACUACUCUGCAUGUAUAUGACUGCGAGGUGCCUAUGCAUCAGUGGAGGCUGCUGCACCACCUCCCUGCCCUCACCAAGUUAAAGAUCUCAAGAUGCAGUGAUCUGAGCAGCUCACCGCAGAUCAUGCAAGCACUCUCCUCCCUCGAGUGGCUAUGUCUGAAGAGCAGAGACCAGCCAGUACCAGAACAGCCAAAUUGGUUGGGUCAGCUUGCAUCACUUAAGGAGUUGACAAUAAAGAAAUACGAGGUGCAGGCCUUGCAGGGUUCCAUGGGGCAUCUCACUGGGUUACAGUCACUACGUCUGAAGUAUAUUGGAAGCAUGACAGCGCUGCCUCGAUGGGUGGGAGACCUCAUCUCUCUGCAACAUUUGGAUAUCUCAGACUGUUCGAACCUAAAUGAUUUGACAGAGACAAUCGGGUGCCUCGCCUCUCUUCAAGCAUUGCAAAUCCACAGUUGUGGAAACCUGAAUGAUUUGCCAGAGAGCAUCGGGCGUCUCACCUCUCUCAAUAAACUCGCCAUCAGCUAUUGCAACGGCAUCACAUUGUUACCAGAGAGCAUCGGGCGUCUCACAUCUCUCAACAAUCUCGACCUCAGGCAAUGCCACGGCAUCACAUGUUUACCAGAGAGCAUCGGGGGCCUGACCUCUCUCAACAAACUUGCCAUCGAUAAUUGCAAUGGCAUCACAUCUUUACCAGAGAGCAUAAAACAACUAAACAAGCUCAAAAAGAUAACAAUUACAAGCGAUGAACUAGUGAAGUGGUGUGGAAUUGAGGAGAACAAGGCGAUGCUCUCUCACAUAAAAAAAAAGGAAAUUGGUGACUUUUAGCUAGACAGACAGUACAAAAUGCAUAGCAGGCAGCAGAUAAUCGAGGGAUUUAAAAAACUUACAAGGCUUUUCGUGAGUCAACGGAGGAUCAUCAGGACUUCACCAGCAAAGAGAUCGUAACUGUUUGCAAGGGCUAACCCGGCAGUUUUUCAAAAAUCGCUCUGCCUAUAUAGAUAUUCACCCGUCAUCUUCCCCUACUCCAGUCAACGAACUCGCGGGUUACCCCGAGGCUGAUGGCGGAUCAUUGGAUCCUCAGUUCCACCAGUGGCAGCUAUGGGUGGUAAAGAGCCUUAAAAUUUAGCCUAGAUAAUCUAAGGACUAGACUUUAAUCUUAUUCAAUUUUGAGCUAAAAAUAUAUAAGAGUCAAGUUGAAUUGUGAAGAGAGCACUAGAGCCAUGAUCCAUUACCACCCCUGUGGCAGCCAGUGUCAGAUGUCCGAGGCUGCCUAUGGCAGUGCGGCUGAGACUUAAGGGGUUUCAAGCGUCGCGCCUGACAAGGUUUGUUGCAUUACAUGUUCCUUCUUCAUUUAUUUGGGGAUGGGAUUUUUUUCCUCUUUGUUUUCAGAUCAUGGUAUUUUCCUUUGAAUUUUAUUCAUCUAUUUACCUCAAUCGCUUGGCUCCA